AUGGAGAACCUGGUCAACUCGAUGAAAAGCGCCGCUCUCAGCGUGGGCGAGAUGCUGACCCCUGUUCUGAAGCAGUCCAAGUUCCGCGAAACCGGAGUCCUCACGCCAGAAGAGUUCGUAGCGGCAGGUGAUCAUCUGGUCCAUCUUUGCCCCACCUGGGCAUGGUCCAAGGCCGGAGAUUCAAGUCGGUGGGUUCAAGAGGUCAUGGUUAAUAUAAUUGAUCUCUGUUUCUAGGACGAGAGAGUACUUACCGGCUGACAAACAAUUUCUAAUUACGAAACGGGUCCCUUGCCAUCGGAGAUGCGCACACAUGCAAUAUGAUCCCAAAAUGGAGCUGGUACGUUUAAUUUUUUAUGUUGUUCUUGGCGUUUAGAGUUUUUUCUGGGGAUUGUUUUGUAGACACGGCUUGUAGCGCAUAAAUUUGUGAGAUUCACUCCAAGAGUUUCCUUGAUACAUUAGCUUGAAUUUUCAAUGUAAAUUCAUCAAAUUUUAGGUUAUAAAAGACGACGAUGGAAAUGACGAAUGGGUGGAUACGCAUCAUUAUGCUCCUGAGGCGACGGAAGAAUCCGUAUCAGCCGAGGAAGUUGCUAAAGAACCUCAAGUUCAAGGGCAGCAUGAUGAAGAUGAUGACGACGAAGAUGCUCCUCCAAUGGAUAUGGACAACUUCAUGGAAAAUGGUGAUUUUGAGGAGAAUGAUCCCAACUGUUAUCAACCCGAAGCUGUGGCGGACGAGGCUGGUGACGACCAUGUGGUGAAGACGAGGACUUACGAUUUACACAUCAGUUACGACAAAUAUUAUCAGGUGAGGGCAUAUUAUUGUGUGCUGUCCAAAAAAGUAGAACUGAAAGAUUCUUUGCGGAUCUACUGUUUAAUUUUUAAUCUUGCAUUCUAUCAAUUUCGAUGAUGAACUUAUAUUACUCAUGCCACUUUUAGGUACCGCGACUCUGGCUUAUUGGGUAUGAUGAAAAUGGAAAGCUGUUGACUGUCAAUCAGAUGUACGAAGAUUUUUCUGCUGUAAGUAAUCCGUUCAUCGCUUUCAAUAUUCUUUAUGGCUUCUAAAAUUAUCAAAGUAAUCAAUAUUCUCCUAGUACAAUGUAAAAAAUCUAUCCACUUUCCAUCUCUAACAAGGGAAGUCGUUCAGAUCGCAAAUGAGUUGAGCUAUGGGACCGGUAUAUUCUGAUUCUCCAUAUUCGAAAACGGUAAGAGCUAAAACAAUUUUUCCGUCUGGGCCCUAGUUUUCGAGAAAGUCGACCGUAAAGUUUGAUCGGAAACUCUGCUAAAUAGUCCUCGCUCCGAAAGGCCUUUGAAACAAGAGCCAAAUGGCAGAGGGCGAGUGAAAACGCUCUCAAAAUUCUUUUGUCCGGGAUGCCGGGGGAGGUUCGAGUCCCGCUAGGAGCAAACCCAUAUAAUUCAUAAUGGUUGCGAAGCAUAAAAAAAUAUUUUUCCUUUUACAUACUUUGGACAAAAUAUUGAAAUACAUGCCAAAUGCAUAUUUCUGCGCUGAACUCAAAAAUUAAGUGUUUAUUCCUAAGACAACUAUUUGAUCUAAAAUUAUUGAGGUACACUUCACCACAAAAAACUAAAAAAUUUUUAUUUUUUUUAUCUUUCUCAAUAUCAAAGCUUUUUGGACACGGGUUUGAGCCUAGCGGGACUCGAACCUUUCACGGACAAAAGUAUCACGGACAAAAGAAUUUUGAGAGCGUUUUCACUCGCCCUCUGCCAUUUGGCUCUUGUUUCAAAGGCCUUUCGGAGCGAGGACUAUUUAGCGGAGUUUCCGAUCAAACUUUACGGUCGAUUUUCUCGAAAACCAGGGCCCAGACGGAAAAAUUGUUUUAGCUCUUACCGUUUUCGAAUAUGGAGAAUCAGAAUAUACCGGUCCCAUAGCUCAGCUCAUUUGCGAUCUGAACGACUUCCCUUGUAAGCGCUUAUAAUCCACUAUUUUUUCCAGGACCACGCCAACAAGACCGUGACCAUCGAGUCUCACCCGCAUUUGAACCUCCAAAUGGCCUCAAUUCACCCUUGCCGGCAUGCGGAUGUAAUGAAACGUCUGAUCGAGCAAUAUGCCGAUGCGGGGAAGGAGCUGAGCGUCCUCCAAUACCUUCUCAUCUUCCUCAAGUUUGUCCAGACCGUUAUACCCACCAUCGAGUACGACUUUACGCGAAGUAUUAACCUCUGA